UUGUUUGUGCAGUGUUUUGUAUUGUUAUUUUACAUUGUUAAUAAAAAAUACAAAUAUUUUCUUAUAAAUUAAAUAAAAAUAUUUAAAUUGAAACAUAAUGAUGAAAUUCAUGUAUAUUGUAUUAAUAAUUCUUGGAUUAACUAUAAAAGAAGGAUUGGCUAUAUGGUGUUAUCGUUGUACCUCAGCCACUCCGGGAUGUGGUGAAGAUUUCAAUUGGCGUGGCAUAGGCUUUCUGGGUGAAAAAUGUCCUGAAAGUGAAGAUAUUUGUGUAAAGGUGACCGAAAAGCGAGGAGCCCAAAGAACUAUUAUACGUGACUGCCUAAGUUCUCUCAGUUUUAGAACUGAUAUUCCAGCCGAUAAGUAUGAAGGUUGCCGUCCUGCUGCUGUUGAUGUUCAUUUGGCCAACUAUGUUAAUCAUACUAUUAAGGAACAUGAUGUGAAACGUGAUUACUUUAGUAAUGUUGAAUUCUGUUUUUGCUUUUUGGAUCAUCGCUGCAAUGGAGCCGAGACAUUGUUAAAGUCCAGUGCUGUGCUAGGAUUUGGCAUGCUAAGUAUAGUGUUGUUAGUUCUAAAUAAGAUUUUAUUUAGAUUUUAAUAUUUGAAAGCAAUACAUAGUUAUUGUAAAGUGUUUGAUAUAAUAGUUCUUUCUGAAAAGCCAUUGAGUUAAAGAUUUCGGGCUUUCAAACAAAAUGCCUCCAAUUGUUUUUAAAUAUUAAAUUUUGAGUAACAAUUGUUGGGAACUAUUCAUUCAAACAUUAGUUUUUGUGUUCGCAGAAAAAUAUGUAUUUUUGAUCACUAGUGCCUUUUCGAACACAAGCAUAUAUUUUGUAUUAGACAAUUACAAAGUUUACAAAUUUUAGAUAUAAGAGACUACCUAUAAUGAAACGAAUCCGUCCAAUAAUUAAAGAUAAGGAAGUAUAACAAGACAAAAUAUAUUCCAAAGUUUUCCAUUAUACUGAAUUAAUACAAAUCCCAUUUAUAAGUUACAUAUUAAACCAAUCAUACACCCUUAGAAUCUCAUUUUAUUAUUAAGCAGAAAGCUUAUAGAUAUGCUUUAAGAAGUAACUAUAAAAUAAGUGUGAGUUCCAAGACAUCAAAAUACUUUCCAGUUUAAAUGUUAUCAAAACAAAGUAAACACAUUUUUAACAUCGUAAAAAAGCAUUUUCUUUUUCAUGUAACAAAGUUUACAUGAUAAAAACGCAUGAAUUUUAUAGUGUUUUCUGUUUUGAAAUUAAACCUAAUUUCCAUUAUUUAAAAAUUAAUUGUAUCUUGCUUGUCAAUAUUAGUUUAUUCUUUACAUUCCAUGUACUUUUUUCUUUUUAUGUCUUUUUAUUUUUAAAUCUUGAAUAUAUUACGUCUCCUUCUUUCUUUUACCAGCAUACAUAUUUGAAAUAUAAUUAAUGUUAACAUUCCAACAUUUUGUAACUUUUACACAAAUUUUAUACACCGUUUUAUACAAAUAAAGAUUAUUUUAUUAAACAAAAUAUUAAAUGAAAACGAAUAAA